ACACACGCCGGGCUGGUCAGUGAGGAGAGAGCGAGGCACUAAAUGCUUUUUAUUCAGUGAGGAGCUCAUUGAGGAGCUGAACCCUCCAGAGUCUCUGUCGGUGCGCACACUUCAGCCUCUGAUUCUCUGAAAAUAUUGGUUCAACUUCCGUUUACUGGCUUUUAUCUCCACAACGACCACUUCGGACUCUUUACAUCUACUUUUAUUUGACUUCUCUGGGCUGCACCGGGCUUCUCUCCCAGGCUCUGGUGUUUUCCUGGUGAUGACCUCACUGCUGUUUCCUGGCAACGCCCACGCUGCGAUGAAGGACCUCUCUUCUUCCUCCAAUCCUCUCAGCUCCCUGCUCCACUACCCGUCCUCCAAAACCUCUGUCGUGCCGUUCUCCCCAUCCGCCGGCGCUGCCACCUCGCCCGGGUCCACGCUGUCGUCGGUGCCGCUCUCCAAACCACAGCCCUUCUGCCUCCAGACGGGGCCGCACCUCCUCGCCAGCAUGCAGCUGCAGAAGCUCAACUCGCACUACCAGAACCUCGCCGGAGCUUCUGCCGGACACCCAGCACCCGGUGGCGCUCAAAGGGGCUUCAGUGCCUCGCCUCUGGGCACGGGAAACCAGCUUCUGGGGCCGUCUGGAGGCCUCGGCGGAGGGGGGCUGGGCGUCGGCAUCGGCAUGGGGAACCAAAGCUCCGGCGCGGGUGGAAUAAUCGACUUUGACCCCGUGGACGAGGAGGUUCUCAUGUCGCUGGUGGUAGAGCUGGGUUUGGACCGAGCCAACGAGCUGCCCGAGCUCUGGCUGGGUCAGAACGAGUUUGACUUCAUGUCAGACGUGCCGGCCGGGUGCUGACCUAUGAGAAAAGAAACCACUGAGAUCCGUAGGUAGCGGCGGAAUUGAUUGACAAAGGGAGCAAAGACUUUCUCUCCUCUGUUUUGUUGUUCUCUUUCCUCCCUUUCUUGGUUGAUAAAAUGAGGAAACGGAAGAGACGCUGAGCGAUUAAAAGAAAGACACUAGAGGCAUACUCUUGUUUCUAUUUUGCGUUCAUACGUGUGCACACAGACUGAUAAAAGCAAAAAAAGACAGCUUGCUGUCAAACUUGUUUUGUCAAAGAGAGCAAACUGUUUUUCGCUUCAUACAAUCAGUGCAUUUUUCUUUUCUUGGAUGAAACUGGGGGUUGAAACCAACCUGACGGGAUUAAGAAGUCUUUGGUUUUGGCUCAUCACAUUCUGAUUUUUUUUUUUCUCCAUUUCAUUUAAAGAAAACAACAACAAAGCAGAAACGAGGACUCGUUCUGCCACUGCUCCGUCACGCUGGCUUAAUAAAAACGAUGUGGUUGGAGACGUUUCUAACCUUUUUUUUUGGAUAAAAAAAAAAAAAAAGCAGUAAAGAUGACAUCGACACACCUAUCCGACUUUCUUAGUUCUGUUCUCUCUCCAUCAACUUAAGGAAGCACGACAUUACGGGAGAUUUGUGAAGGAUGUCAAACACUACAUUUCCUGUUUUCUUAACGGACAAUAUUAGACUCUGGUCUCACGGGAAAGAGACUCCUGUCCCUCGCCUUCACAAAGACCCUGAUUGUCUGAGAACUGGUUAUCUCAAUGUACGUUUCUUUCCUUACCUUUUUUUUUUUUUUGUUUGAAUUAAGUUCAACCAGUCGCAUUCUCAGAACUUGUUAUUUAAGACAGUGGCUGAUAUCCAUCUGGACUUCUGGACAAGGAGCGCUUCUGUGGCGCGUCUAUAAUCGGUUCUACUUUUCUGAACAUAAUGAAUUAGAUCAAGGGAUGGGGAAUCUUUCGGAGCAUGGGACCUGAAUGGAGUAAAUUGUUUCUUGCUCUGGAACACAGCCUCAUUAAAACUCAUUAAAUCGAGGCCUUGUGAGUCGCC